AUGACGAGUACGGCACGGCCGUUCGGUGUGGACCCAAAAGCCUCCUUCACUUCUCCGACCGCGUGGAAAGAAAUAUUCGGACCCAGAAAAAGCGGACGGCGGUCAUUCGACAAGGACUUGAGAUUCCACAGGGUCCCGACCACCAAAGCCUGCAGUAUCGUCAGAGCUGAUGGCGAGGAUCACUCUCGCCACCGCCGAACACUGCCCCACGUCUUUUCCGAGCGAGCGCUCUGGGGCCAAGAAGACAUUCUCACACACUACAUUGACCUCUUUAUCCAAAACCUCCGGGACAAGGCAGCCGCCGACGGAAAGGUCGACAUGGUCAACAUGGUCAAAUGGUACAACUUCACCACUUUCGACAUCAUUGGCGACUAG